UAACGUAUGCAUAACAGAUUGAUGUCAAAUUCAUCUAGUAUUUUCCUACGCUACAACGAAAAGGAAUUUUUGGAUUGCUUUUUUCCCUUUUUUAUUUUUAAGGUCGAAUUGACUUUUCGUCGGGCAGGAUAUGUGGUGAUUUACGCCUUCGUCGAUCCAAUGUUGUUAUAGAUCAGUAUCGAUGAUGCAUUGGGCCGUAGUGACCUUCGCAGUGAUUAUUGCUGUUAUAGAAAUCACAGAAGCCAAGCCCUACGUUAGGAACAGACAAUAUACUGAAAAUCCUGGAAAAGGGGCUUGUGCAAAUAAUCGGUAUAGAUGUGAAGGAGGGAAUAAGUGCAUACCGUUAAAAUGGAUCUGUGAUGGAGUUCAUGACUGUGACGAUAAACUCGAUGAGCGGAAUUGCUUAACAGGAAACGAAACCAGCAUUCCUUCCUACAUUCAUGCCAAGGAAAUCAGUGAAGCUCAAGACAUCAUAGACGGCACCAGGAGAUCCGGAAUCAGUGGCUGCCCGAGAAAUACUUACUCAUGUGACGAAGGUCAAAAAUGUCUCCUUAUGAGUUCGUUGUGUGAUGACAUGAGCGAUUGCCACGAUGGCACAGAUGAGAAAAACUGUCCUCUAAAACCAGCAUGUGAGUCAAAUAAGUUAUCCUGCGACGAGGGAGAGAAAUGCCUACCGCUGACCUGGGUGUGUGACAACAUCAGCGAUUGCAAUGACAACAAGGAUGAGCAUAACUGUCCAAACAAGAGGACUGGAAAAUCUCUAGCGCAUGCUGCUGAGGAAGCAGCAAUGACCGCUGCCCAGGAAGCAAAACGAGCCGCAGCUGCAGCUGAAGACAUGAUGCUGCUGGCUCGAAGAGCCGCUGAAAAAGCCAGUCGCGCCUUAAAAAUUGCGGAAGAUUAUGGAGCAAAAAAGUCAUGAGAAUGUGAACUGACAUUAACUCCAUUUAAGAAAGUUCAUAGAACUUUUGUGGGCGGGGAAGCAUAACGUCUGUCAUCUUAUGCACAAUGUAAAAUAUAACGAACUCACUAUAUAUCAGUGGAGAGA